AUGGGAAAGAUCAUCUUCUACGAGGACAGGAAUUUCCAGGGCCGUUGCUAUGAGUGCAGUGGUGACUGUGCUGACCUCCAUUCCUACUUUAGCCGCUGUAAUUCCAUCCGAGUAGACAGUGGCUGCUGGAUGCUGUAUGAACGUCCUAACUAUUUGGGUCAUCAGUAUUUCCUUAAGAAGGGGGAAUAUCCUGACUAUCAGCAGUGGAUGGGUUUCAGUGAUUCCAUCAGGUCUUGCAGAGUUAUUCCACAGCAAAAAGGACCCCACAAACUGAAGAUUUAUGAGAAAGAAGAGUUUAAAGGCCAAAUGCUAGAAGUUUUAGAAGACAGUCCUUCUGUCUUUGAGCUCUUUAAGAAUCAUGAUAUCAACUCUUGUAACGUGCUUGAAGGUCACUGGAUCUUUUAUGAGCAGCCCAACUACCGGGGAAGACAAUAUUUUCUGAAACCAGGAGAAUACAGGCGUUUCAGCGAUUGGGGAUCCCUCAAUGCAAGAGUGAGUUCUUUCAGGAGAGUUCUGGACAACUGCUAA